UCGGCAUGAAAACAAAAACGCAAAACGUCAUCCUGGCAGCAAAAGUCGUGCGAUUUUCCCAAAAAUAAAUAAAAUUUUAUUUUAAACUAAAGUUUAGUGGAAUCCAUAGUUUGUAAUAAAUGGAAACUCAGCCAGAAAAAGCCGCGCCUGAAGUUAAAACUUCCCCCAAAAUGGAUGCCUUGGCUGCUCGCCGUGAGGCCCGGCGGAAACGCAUUCUUGAAAACUCCAACAAUCGUCUGACCAAGAUAACAGGCCGAGAGCACAAUGAACCACCUGCAGUGGAUUUCACCGUUAAGCCACCGGACGUAAUCUACCCGGACCCGGAAGUGGAGCGAGAUGAAUACACGCAUCCGGAACCGCAUCUGUUUGGUGGCUCAAACCUACCAGAAGGAUUCCCCAAUUUAGCAAACGGUGACAUAUUCUCCCUGCUGAACCCGCCUCUCGGCGCCGAGCAAAGUGGUGCUUUUUCUGCGGCACAACCACCCCCAGUCCCGGACACCCCCCUAGUUAAAUUCCUUCGCAGUCGCGUGCACCUGGCCCUGAUGGCCAUACUGGUCUAUCUGCUGUUUGCCAACGAUCUGCAGCACCUGAUCGGUGGCAACGUAUUCAUCCUGUUGCUCGGCUGGGAAGCGAUCGAGGUCUUUCUGCUGAAAACCUACGAAAAGCGUUCGUCCUUCCUGGAUGUGGUCUUUCUGCUGGGAGGCAUCUCACAGAAAUACUCGCAAAUUGGCCUCAAGUUCAUCCAAACCAUCAACAAGGUACUGAAGGAUGUGACCUUUUUCGUGUUUUUCUUCGUGGUCACGCAUCUGCUGUGGAGCCGAUUUGUGCUGGGGAUCGAGCUGAGCUACGUCCUUGGGUACGACAAACUGGAGAAGGAAGCAGGACAAGUCGUUUCCUAGGCAGAGGUAAGUUCGAGCCUUAUCAGAUUUAAUUUGUUCUUUUGGAGAUUCACUUGGAUGGGAAAGUUUAUUUUGUUUUCGUUGGUUUUUAAUCUAUUAAAAUAGUUGUAACGUUUUUUAAGAGGCGAUGAGGAUGCCCUCCUUUUCCCGUGAGUCACGUGAAUUCAUCAAAAAAUUGAUCCCAAUCCGGCAGAAAAAGCCCUGUCAGGAACAAUCGAUACGCUGUAAGGUAGAGUAGAAGUAGAAGGGAAAUCAGAUUAGCGCUGAGAGGGAUACUGAAAUUAAGCGUAAAUCCGGUCACAAAUGUUAGCUAGCUAUCACACAAAUAACGGGCCUGCAACAAGGGCGCUGCACCACGAUGCUUAUGAUGAUGUUAGUUGCGCAUUAAACUGAGUCGCGGAUACUUUUUGGACUAUGCCGUACAUUAAAAUAUGUUCUCGUUAUUGAUCCGAACCUUC